AUGGGCCUUGGUGGGGGCACAGGCAACGUUCCCUUCGCCAGCCCUGCCUCUCGAGAGGCUUACCAAGCAGCUCGCCAGGCCCAUGCUGCAAAUGACCGUCUGAGCCAGAAUGUCUCAAGUCCUUCUAGACGCAGUGCUCGGUCGCCCUCCGAUGAUUCUGACUCUGAUAAUCAACCGCUAUCUCAGAGGCGUCGGCGUCGAAACCCUCGCCCGGUGUUUAACUCGGGCCCAUCAUCUAUCCCUUCUCCUCCUCCAACUGUAGCUGCCUCUCCUCCAUCUCCCCAUGUGACUCCUCCUCCAAUCCCGGGCCCUGUAACUGAUCCCCCUAAUUCAUCCAAUACUCAGGCCGAGCCCCCAUUGGCUCAUCCUUCCACCUCACAGCACGCUCAUGACAAUGAAGCUGGUCCCUCAGAACGACCGUCCACUAUCCCGCCUGCAGCCAGCCAUGCUUUGCGAGCGGAAAUAAAAGAUUUGACCAGCAGGAAGAAUAAUCUAGAAGUGUCCUUAGCCCUAACCAACCACGAACUUGAAGAGCUCCAGGAAAAGCAAAGUCAAGCUGAUAAUGUACACCAACAGAGUAUGAAUCAGCAGGCUUUAGAGCAUCAAAGAGCUAUGGACCAGUUGGUUCAAAAACUGCGUGCGGCCGAAACUCUGGUGCAAGAUCAGGACCAAAAGUUAAAAUCGCAGGAGGCCCUUUUGAAAUCUCAAGAGACCCAACUGACUUCCCAAGCAACAGAAUUGGCCACUGCCAGAAGUGAACUGGCUCAGGCUAGGGCCACCACAGAGGGUGUGUCAACAGCUCUGGCGAUCUACAGAGAAGGGGAGAACGAUCGUUUUUCCAGAAUUUUGUGCACAGGAUCAUUCCAAAAUUCUAGAGAACGAUCUACAAAUAGCAGCUCGUGA